CUGCAUUUGUGCUAAUUCUUGGUGUUAAACAGUGUGCAAAUACACAGCUAAAUAGUGCAACUCAAGGAAAUAAUAGAAAAUCAUCACAAUCUAUUCAUCAUGAGGAAUACAGCGCGGAUCUACAUCUAGAGAUGUUGUUGUUGGAAUUAGCUGCAAAAAUGGACUAUGGCCACUGUUAUGUUGUGCUGUUUGAUGAGGUGUAUGAAAGCGUGUUGAAUGCAGCAUUCUUUCGCCAAAUCCAUCGUGCUGCUCGGUACAUCGUAAAAAUCGAACAAGACGAAGACACCUUCAAUCCCCGGCCAUCCUUGAAAUGCAUUCUAGAGAGCACUAAAAAAGCUGGCUGCGGGGGUUACAUAUUACUAAUGGCGAAUGGAAUUCAAAUGGCCCGUCUGCUAAGGUUUGGCGAUGAUACGCGCAUCAUUGAUACGCGCGCCCGAUACAUCAUGAUGCACAACUAUCGACUAUUUGUACCGCAGCUGCACUACAUUUGGAAGCGCAUUGUAAAUGUCCUGUUUGUACGCCAGCUAAGGGACAGGCGAGCUCGUUUGUACAAAUCGGGCAAUGACAAGUUUGCGCCAGUUUACGAACUAAGCACCGUCCCGUUUCCUAUGCAAAUCAAGGGAGUUUUUUACUCGAAAAUUUUAAACUUUUGGCAAGGAGGGAAAUUUCGACUAGCAAACAGUACGUUUUUUGAUGAUAAAACCAAAGAUCUUCGUCGCCAAGAAAUGCGCGUGGUUGUGUUGGAACAUACGCCAGCGGUUUUCAAAUCAGCCACGACGUCCGUUGCCAUACCAAGUUCGCAUACAAAUGAUUCCGACUUUUCAAACAAUGCUUCUGCGCAUCAGCUAACCCUAUCCCGCACUCAAUCGAGAAGUAACUACUAUGGUCUUGAAAUAGAACUCUUGAAAGCAAUAUCAAAUGCUAUGCACUUUCAAAUGGUUUUUUACGAAACGUCCGAUGCUGACACGGAGCGCUGGGGCAGACUCGGUGGAAAUGGAACACUUACGGGAAUCAUUAAGGAGAUGCAAGAGGGUAAAGCAGAUUUUGCCCUUGCGGAUUUGCAUCAUACGGAGUAUAACCUCGGUUUUAUGGAUCUCAGCGUUCCCUACAACACAGAAUGUCUAACGUUUCUUACGCCCGAAGCUUUGAGCGACAACUCUUGGAAAACACUCAUACUUCCGUUCAAUGGAGAAAUGUGGGCCGGUGUGCUGCUGUCCUUGUUCGCAGUCGGAAAAGUGGCCACUUCGUAUGUUGACUGGCUGGUAUUGGGUGUAUUGUGUGCUGGUGGUAGUCGCCUACCGGGCCUCAUUCACAGCUAUACUUGCCAACCCUAUACCUCGGGUGACGAUUGA